ACAACAUGUUAACGUAGAGAAAUGAAACACCAAAUUGAUCCAACACGCUUUCCUCAUUUCCCUUAAAACAUCAAAAAGAGAACUCACCUUCUCCUCAACUUCGAUGCCAUGGAUCGAAAGAUGAGUUUAAGAACCUCACGGCAAUGAGGAUUCAUAAUAGGAGGAUUUUAGCAGAUUGUAUUGAUCCAAAUCCAUAUCUGUUUAUUACUGCGAGCGCCAAAGGGCCAUUGGCUGAUGAGACUAAUGUUACGGUGACGGUGGGUGGAGUGUUGUUCCCUGAUGAAUCAGAUUGGAUAGCCAUGAUUACGCCAUCAAAUGCAGAAAUAUCAAGUUGUCCUCUGAACAGUUUGUAUUAUGUACAAACCGGAGAUAUUAGCUGUCUUCCUCUUCUUUGCCACUAUCCUGUCAAGGCCCAAUAUGUGAGCAGUGAUCCUUCUUAUCUGAACUGUGGAAAGAAGAAAUGUGAAGUUUAUGAAAAUGAUGAAUGUCUGGUGCACAGUUGCAGCGCAUCAAUCACAUUUCAUGUUGUAAAUUUCAGAACAGAUAUAGAGUUUGUAUUCUUCUCCGGAGGCUUCGCCACUCCUUGCAUUCUCAAGCGGUCGGAUCCAAUAAGUUUUGCUAAUCCCAACCAGCCUUUGUAUGGUCAUCUCUCAAGCAUUGACUCGACUGCAACAAAGAUGAGGGUAACAUGGGUUAGUGGAGAUGAGAACACUCAGGUAGUAGAAUAUGGACAAGGGAGAUCAUCAAGUUCUCGGGUGUCAACAUUCAAACAGGAUGAUAUGUGUAGUGGUAUAUUGCCUAGCCCAGCAAAGGAUUUUGGAUGGCACGAACCUGGAUACAUUCAUACCGCUGUAAUGAAUGGGCUCCUACCCAAUCAAACCUACUCAUAUAGAUAUGGAAGCGAUUUAGCUGGCUGGAGUGAGCAAAUUAAAUUCAAGACACCACCAGCUAGUGGGUCAAAUGAACUAAAGUUUCUUGCUUAUGGUGAUAUGGGCAAAGCACCACUUGAUCCAUCAAUGGAACAUUAUAUUCAGCCUGGUUCCGUAUCUGUGGUCAAAGCUUUGGCAAAUGAGGUUGCAUCUGGCAAUGUGGAUUCAAUUUUUCAUAUUGGAGAUAUAAGCUAUGCUACUGGUUUCUUGGUCGAAUGGGAUUUCUUCCUCAGUUUUAUUGCACCACUUGCAUCCCAUGUGGCUUACAUGACAGCCAUAGGCAACCAUGAGAGAGAUUAUGAAGGAUCCGGAUCAGUGUACAUUACACCAGAUUCUGGAGGUGAAUGUGGAGUUGCAUAUGAGACAUAUUUUCCAAUGCCUUCAGUGGGGAAAGAUAAGCCUUGGUAUUCUCUUGAACAAGCAACCGUUCACUUCACAGUGAUCUCUACUGAGCAUGAAUGGAAAAUUAAUUCCGAACAAUAUAACUGGAUCUAUGAGGACUUGGCAUCAGUUGAUAGAAGAAUAACACCUUGGUCAAUUCUCUUGGGGUAUAUUGUCCUGAACAAGCUCAUGAUUAUUACUUUCAUGCAUAGACCGAUGUAUUCCUCUUAUAGCUCCAUAUUGCCGAGCGUAGAUUCUGGUUUUGUUGAGUCAAUCGAGCCGGUUUUAAUGAAAAAUAAGGUAGAUUUGGUAUUCUUCGGUCAUGUUCAUAACUAUGAGAGAACAUGUUCAGUAUAUCAAAAGACAUGCAAAGGAUUACCAACAAAGGUUAAUGGCAUUGAUACCUAUGAUAACACCAACUACACUGCUCCAAUUCAUGCAACCAUAGGAAUGGGAGGUUUUACCUUGGAUGACUUCUCUGAUGAAGCUGCUGAAUGGAGUUUAAUUAGAAUUUCUGAAUUUGGUUAUGUGAGAGUACAUGCCACGACAUAUAAACUAAGUGUUGAGUCACUCCGUCGCAUGCUGCUCCCACUCCAUCUCCCUCCAUAUGAAAUUGACGGCAUAGCUAAGGUGGCAUAUAUAUGUAAGAAGAACAAUUUAGUGUUGGUGGCAUAUCCAAUCCCCUGCUGUUUCUUCGACUUCUCAGCUUAAAAGGCAACGUUAGAAUCAUGCAAACUAAAGUUUGUAACAUCCUCAAGAAGAGAACUUGCAACCACAGCAAAGGAGGAUCAAAAGCCUGAGAAGCAUAAGCCUUGCUUUGUACAUGAGCAGAUGAUACAAUUAAUUAAUGAUAUGUUAAUCUUAAUUGUAUCAAAACUUUGGUUUGAACGAGUCAUUCAUUUUGGCAUUAAAUUUGGUGUGAACAUAGCUGUAAGAGUCAUGUAAGUCAUGCGAGUCUGAGUGAAGCUAUCUUAUAAUAUGGAAGAUGAUUUAUUUAUGGU